AUGGACUCUGCUGAACCUCAACCGCCCGCACGAGCUUCCAGCGACCCCUACUUCGAUCUGGGAACAUUGACUCGCAAGGUAACCACCAGUUCCCACGAGGCUCAGAUAUGGUUCGACCGAGCGCUUGUCUGGACAUAUUGCUUCAACCAUGAUGAAGCAAUUACUUGCUACCGGCAGGCAAUUGCGCACGAUGAGAACUGCGCGAUGGCCUAUUGGGGGGUAUCCUUCUGCUCCGGCUCCAACUACAACAAAACAUGGGCAUUGUUUGACGAAAGGGACCGGAUAAAUGCGAUCAAGCAGUGUUAUAUAUUUUCGCAAGAGGCUCUGAAGCGGGUAAACCAUGCAUCGGAUUGGGAGCAGGCACUCAUCGAAGCUCUCACGAAACGAUACCCCAACGAUGACCCGAGUAGGGAUCUGGGCGCAUGUAACAAAGCAUACGCCGAGUCCAUGAGAGAUGUAUACUUAACACUCGGUCGCGACGAUUUCGACAUUAUCACACUCUUCGCUGAUGCAUUGAUGAAUUGCGCCCCACGAAAGCUUUACGACGCCCCCACGGGGCUCCCGAUAGCCUCGUCCCCGGUAUUUGAAGUGAAAGAUUUGCUUGAACAGGCUCUGAAAAUGCCAGGGGUUGAACGGCAUCCAGGGCCCGCGCACAUGUACAUCCACCUGAUGGAAAUGUCGGCAACCCCUGAGGCUGCUUUGCCUGCGGCAGAAAUGAUCCGCGAAAUAUUCCCCGACACCGGCCAUACAUUCCACAUGCCAGCCCAUAUCGAUGUUCUCGUGGGCGAUUAUCGUCGCGCAGUCGAAUACAAUUUAAAGGCGACUAUCGCAGAUGAUAAAUUCUUUAAACAGAAUGGGGGCUUGACAUUUUAUAGCUACUAUCGACUUCAUGACUACCAUUCUCUCAUUUAUGCCGCCAUGCUAGGUGGGAAAUCCAAGGCAGCCUUGUCGGCGGCAGACCGAAUGGAAGCCACUAUCACGGAAGAGAUUCUUCGGGUAGAAACGCCUGCGCUCGCAAACUGGAUGGAGUUCUUCAAGGCUGUUAGAGUUCAUGUACUCAUUCGCUUUGGAAUGUGGGAGGACCUCAAAAAGCUCGACCCCCUUGAUGACAAGCACUUGUAUUGUGUCACAAAUGUCAUGAGACACUAUGGAAAGGCCAUUGCGUACGCCGCCACAUCGCAGCUUGAAGAAGCCGACAAAGAGCGGGACCUUUUCAAAGCCGCUUCCAAGCUUGUCCCACCUACGCGCCUCGAUUUCCCGAACAAAAUCAUUGACAUUCUCAAGGUAGCAUCUGCUAUGCUGGAUGGCGAAAUCGAAUACAGGCGAGGCAAUUAUGAGACAGCGUUUCGCAGCCUAUGGGAAGCAAUUACUUUGGAAGAUGAACUCCCCUUUGCGGAGCCAUGGGGAUGGAUGCUUCCAGCAAGGCAUGCAUACGCAGCUCUCUCGCUGGAGCAGGGGAAAGUUGAACGGGCUGCACAAGCAUAUGCUGAAGAUUUGGGACUUUUCCCAACACCUAAACGUGCCCACCAACACCCAAAUAACGUCUGGGCUCUCCAUGGUUAUCACGAAUGCCUUGAACUUUUGGGUCGUUAUGCGGAGGCAACCAUUAUCAAGAAACAACUUGCUCUCGCUCUUGUGGAGGCGGAUGUUGAAAUCACAUCUUCAUGUUUCUGUAGGCUUGGGAAUAUUCCCUCACCUAGUGGAAAGCCUAAAGCGAAUGGCUGUCAUAGUAUGGCAUCGAAGUGUCAGUGCUAG